AUGGGUGGCGUAACUUCAUCCGCCGCGCGCCCAGUGGCGGUGCCAGCGCCUGGCGCCCAGCUUUCGGGUGGCACUGUGCCCCAAUACGACGCGCUCCCCUGCCUAAUUGCUUCGUUCGACGGUGGCCAUCGUUCAUGUUCAAGACGUUGCGCGUACGGCUGGUGUGUGUGGACAGCAUCUCAUCAGCUUCUUCACUGGGAGGCGCGAGCCUUCUCGAUUCCGCAGUCCAACAACGCGAUGGAGGCCCAGGGUCUUCUUUCCUGCCUCCGAUGGCUUCGCGCUCGGUUUCCAACAACCACUUCGCAUGUAUUUGGUGACUCCAGUGUGGUUAUCAAUCAGGCCCUCGGUCGGCAUUCAUGCGGUUCGACCCGGCUUCAACCCUGGAUUGCUGCCAUUCGGUGCCUAGGUACGGGUCGACCCCUUUUGUAUCUGCGGCACAUUCGUCGCGGGUACAGCGUGGCGUCUGACGCUCUCUGCAAUUGGAUCAUGGAUACCACCGCUUCCGGCAUGGACCGUACAUUCAGUGGACACCGGUGGCCGUGCCCCCCAUCGUACUCGCUGACUCUGAGCCCAGCCUCGAUGACUGCGUUUUUACCCACGACCACUCCCAAUCCCCACGACGGUCGGGCUCAUGCCAUCUACUUAUGGGACCUCGUGCUCCAGGAGCUCUGUACGUUGGGCCAUCUCAUCCAUUUCCGGUUCAUGCCAUCCGUGACCGCACGCCCGUGCCACCCAGAGGUGUUCCUACCCCGGUCCCCGGAGUGCAUCACGACUGCUGCUCGCCUUCUUUCUUCCGACUUUGACUACAGGCCGUCGCGGACUGCCGUCAUCGCCGGUCGAGAACGGUGCGUUCCCUCGGAUGUGUUUCGUCGCCUCCAGGAGGCUGCCGACCGAUUCCAGGUCGCAUUUCCGGCCGAUGACGUUUUUCUCACAGCUGGCCUUGGGCCCUUCACGCUUCCUGAAGCGGAUGCUCGGGUCCUGGACGAGUUAAUUGCUGCACCAGAACUGGGUAUCCCUGGUGUACUCGAGUUGUUCCGAGGUCAGACCCCUCUUGACUAUCGCCCUAACAAGGCACUACGCCCAUGGCUGUAUCGGGUCCAUCUACCGACAUACCCUCAACUCGAGUUGCUGUGCGCCAUUGCACAGCACGGUCUGAUUCCUCAUUGGACAAAAUCUGGAGAACGUCGUGGUGUCCGGCCGGUGCCGGACAAUUACAUCGGCGCUGUCACCGGCGCUUCUAUCGUGACCGACAAACUACUGGUAGACUACUACAAAGGUCGGUGUAUCAUCGCGUCUAUUACGACGUUGGUCCAGGACCCGUUCUUUCAUUCCAGCGCCUUUGCGCUCGUCCUGAAGAAAGACAAGCCGAUUCACUUGGAUGGGCGCAUUAUCCACGACUUGUCCGCCCCAAUGGGCCUAUCGGUCAAUAAUUACACGGACUUCGCGCUGUCACCGGACGCCACGUGGGACCCAUUCCUCGUGAUCGCACUUCGGAUUCGGGAACUUCGUCGCCGCUACCCUGGCUGUGCGAUUUAUGCCAUGACCGCGGAUAUCGCCGACGCGUUCCACCAUGUUCCUGAUCAUGCUCGUCACGCAUCGGUCUUUGGGGGGGGGGGGGGGGGAACUACCGCGAUCCUCACACGGAAUCGCAUCCGGCAUGGCCGUCUUUGGGUGGACUGCAUCGCCAGGUUUCUUCGCUGUUUUCGGACAGGCAUGGUGUCGGGCUACGCCGAGACGUUCUGGAUCUUUCAGUGGGUUGACGAUAUCGUGCUCAUCGAGGUCGACAUUGAUAAUCCCCUCCAGGAGGCAGCAAAACGUCUCAGAGACGGAGUGAAACUCGUCUUCUGCUCGGAUGGCUGGCAUGAGGGUAAGUUCACGACCUGGUCGCGCGAGUUCCACGCUGUGGGAAUCGACUGGAGCAUUCCCAGUGAAACGAUAUCAGUCCCUCAGAGGAAGAUCGAUAAGAUGCGCAAGGUGGUCUCGGAGACCAAGAAGAAACGAUUCGUGCCCAUGAAACAACUGGACAGCGUGGUUGGAGUAUUGAGACACGUUAUCAGCUUUAUCCCCACCACUAAGCCGUUCAUACAACGCUUGGUAGCAGUUCAGACACGGUGUCGAAGUAGUAGAUCCCCUGGGGUACCAAUGUCAGACUUCCUUCAAAAGGACCUGUUGUGGCGGGAGGACCUGGUGUUCCAGAACGAGCUAAGCAGCAUUCCAAUGAGGCUGUUCGAUCACAACCCGUCGGUCGACAACGCCUGGCUAAUACGUGUGGAGCCCGUCAGCCUGACGAUCCGCAGUAUGGCUAUGGGGGAACAUCUCCGAAUGCCACACGAUCAGCAUCAUGACUUGGACACCACUGUGGCCAAGAUACUCCAGCGGGUAGUGCAACGAUGGGGACCAGUAUUGACGAAGGAAGCCUGCUGGCGGCACAUCGUGAUCCACAGUGACCGCCGAUGGAUCACCAGAGUGAUUGACAAGAUGAACUGCAGGUCAUCGGAAGGACAAAAGGAGUUGCGCCUCAAGAAGUUUACCUUCUGGCAGUCGUUCUGCAACGACUUUGGAUUUCCGGUGUGGAUCGACGAACUGUCCAGGACAGAACAAGCCAGAAUUGUCGGUUUAUACGCCGGUCUGUGCGCUUCAGAAGGACACAACAAGUUCCAGACCUUCGACGGAAAAAUGGCAGCAGUGGUAUUCGCCCACAAAGCUAUCAGGAACGCAAGGCUCAAUUACCAUGAUCCGGAAUUUGAGCUUAUCACUCAAGGAUACAAACGCUCAAACAGCCACGUGGACCGGAAGCAGCCAGUUACUGCACAGAUGCUGCUCAAAAUGCGGGAGACGCUAGGAACAACGGACGCCCAUGACAAACUCCUCUGGUAUUCUAUCGUCCUAGCCUUCUUUUUCCUCGACAGAAGCUCAGAGCUCUGGGGGCCAGUAAGCGUUGACAGAUCAACGGGGACCGAACGAGUGCACUGCCUCAAAGCCCACAACGUCUCUCUGAAGGACAGACACGGUCAGGCGGUGAGCCCAGAGGACUCGAGUGCUCACGUCGUGGAAGUGCGAUUCGAAUCGCACAAAGGAGACAAGGUUGGGCAAGGGGUCACCAUUCGACACUACAAAUCCGACGCCCCAGUACUAUGCCCAGUAGCCGCAGCCCAGAGCUGCCUGCGGAUCAGGUCAAGAUGGAUUGCAGAAGGCGUGGCACUCGGACCUUACAUUACGUCGAUCUCGCCGGGCGAGACAGUCAAGAAAUCCCGAGUCAGCAAACUCAUAAAAACAACGGCUGCGAAUAUGGGCUUCGCCCCAAAGGACUACUCAGCACACUCCCUCAGAAUUGGAGGUGCUUGCGCCCUAUUGGCGGCUGGGAAAAGUGACCUGGUCAUCCGGUUAAUGGGACGCUGGUCCAGCUGGUGUUUCACGGUUUACACUAGGCUCAAGCCAGCCAUAAUCCGUGACGCGGCAAGUAGCAUGAUCAAGGCCUCAACAUGGGAGUUUCACGAAUCAGGCUUCGCACAACUCGAGGGGGAAAUCCAGAGAGGCUAA